AUGGAAAAUGCCCGAGCCGAUCCGGGACCCAGUGAGACAUCAUUCCCCUACCUUCCGGGCGGGGGGAUGAUGGGUAGUACCGCGUCCCUUGUCGGGAUGCUCAAAGCUGCCGCUUUGAGCAGCUUUCAAAAUUUAGACCAGACCCUUCUCCCUGGAGACCCAUCGGAUGCCCGCUCAACCGAUUCAAACAACGAGGAGGAAGUAAUCGACGAGCAGACCAUCCAAGAGCCAGCAUCCGAUGCCAACUCACCGUAUGAUGAUGGUCUUGGUCCGCAGGACGCCCAACUGCGUCAUGCUAGUCGAAUGUUUAUCAAUAAGUUUGCAUCCACGCUUGUCCACCAACACGACUCUGGUUCCCAACUCAAUUUCGGCCCAGUCAGUCCCCAGUCGCCAAACAUACUUCGGCAAGAUGUAACACUAUCGGCAAACAAGGAAUCUGUUGUCACAAAUCAAGAGUACUUCCAGUCGGUGAUCGAUGAUUUUGGUCCUUGGAAAGGGACUGACAGCCAUGGGCAUCCCGAACCGGAAAGCUGGAUCAAGCAGGUCCCUGGUAUACUCACUCGCAGCGUAUUGGUUCAAGGUUCUAUGCUGCUCACCAAUCGCCGGCUCUGCUAUGUUGCUUAUCUCCCGCCGGUUGACACCAAGGACAUUAUUCGCAGUGGAUCCAUCACCGUUCGAUUGAAUGGGCUGUUCAAAAGGCCAACGCGAAUGUGGGUCGAGCUACGUACCGAUUGUGUGACCCUGUAUAGAUCAAGCACGAAACUCUUCAGGCCACUCCACUCCGUUCACCUCUCUGAGAUCAAGCAUGUGUUACCAAUCUCAUCAACUCAUCCCCACACCCUGAGGGUCAGAUUAAGAACGGGCGAGAUUGUGGACUCCAAAUUCGAUACUGCUGAAGCGACGAGUGCCUGGCACGCUGAAUUCGUUUCCACCCUGUUCAACUUCAAGACACAUCACUCCAAGAAGAUUAAGAUAAUGAUCCCUUUGCGGCGGAUUCGUAAGCUCCAUCGAAACACGUUUGAAAACAUGGCCAAAGUCAUGAGCGUGGAUGUCGAUUGUGCACCGUCCGCCAGAGACGUGGUUGAUAAUGAUAUAAUCGAAGGGAAAUUCACACUUCAAGACUUUGAUCGGACUCGAAUUCAACUGUCAUACUUCCUCAGUCACGGCAAUUUUGAUGAUUUGAUACUUGAUGCUGUCGUCCGAGCUAAAUUGCAAGUCAGCCAAUCCAAAUCGACUUCGAAGCACCAAACUCCACCCCCCUUGCUCAAGAUCACAUCUAGCCAGAGCGACGGGGAAGAUAGUGAAAAUGAAGAAAAGCUCUCAGAUCAUACAGAAAACGCUGACAGCUCCGAGCAUACCCUGGCCGACAAAUUCGGGAAAGCCUUUGGUUUGGAGGCCAAUACAAAGCUUGCAAUCUACCCUUGCUCACUCCUACGUACUCUCCCCAGCCCUGGCCAUGUGGCCAUUAGUAAAGACUAUCUGUGCUUCUGGUAUCGAGGCAUUCCUGUCCUCGGCUCAGACUACAAACUAAGGAUUCCACUCAAAAGUGUCGGCAACCUCAAGCCGACUAGUGCCUUUGGCUUCCACCGGUUCGGCUUGGCCAUCGAAACUUUAGGAGCACCCGAUAUCAGGCUAGAUUUCACAUCGAAAUCGACGAGGGAAGAGGUGAUCGAAGUACUCAAAGCUGCGGUUCAAGACUUAUCCUCCAGGGAUCCUAAACGGCUUCAAGACUUCCAGCCCGCAGCGUCUCGGUCUUCAGUCCCAGCCACAGAGCCGGCCAGCUAUACGAUCCCCAUAUGUAGCAGAGACAGCAUGCCGGUCCUGAUCAGCGGAGCCAAGAUCACAAAAACUAUCAGACCGCUGCGGAUAGUGUGUCUUACCAUCGGCAGUCGUGGCGACGUUCAACCUUAUAUCUCCCUGGCAAAGCGCCUCAUGCAAGACGGACACACAGUCACCAUCGCUUCCCAUCCAGAAUACCGUACUUGGGUCGAAUCGUUCGGAAUUUUGUACAAGGACGUGGGGGGUGAUCCGGGUGCAUUAAUGGCAAGUGACAUACCAGCAAUUUCUCACCUUCGGCUGAACUUUUCUGUCGAGCAUAACUUUUUUAGUACCGGUUUUUUCAAGGAGGGCUUGGGUUAUUUCAAGACCUGGUUGAACAAUUUGUUCAUGGAGUCCUGGAUGGCCACCAAAGAAUCCGAAGCCGAAUUGCUAAUCGAAAGUCCAUCCACUUUCUCUGGAAUCCAUAUUGCUGAGGCAUUAAGAAUACCGUAUUUUCGAGCGUUUACGAUGACAUGGACCAGUACAACUACCUACCCACAAGCUUUUGCUUCCAGUAUCGACCUUGGACCAUCUUACAAUUUGCUGUCCUAUUCCCUUUUUGAUAGUUUGAUUUGGCGCGCAAUGUCCGGACAAGUCAACAGAUGGCGUAAAGAGACUCUAGGGAUACCUCCUACAUCGUUAGAGCAAAUGCAAACUUAUAAGGUCCCCUUCAUGUAUAACUUCAGUUCUGCUGUCGUUCCCAAGCCGCUGGAUUGGAGAGAUCACAUAGAAGUCACGGGGUACUGGUUCCUGGACCAAUCACACGGGAAUUUCCAGCCACCAGAUCCACUCUUAAAGUUCAUCGCCUCUGCCAAGGAAGACAAAGUCCCAUUGAUCUACAUCGGCUUUGGUAGCGUGACAGUCCCUGAUUCAACGGCAGUAACCAGGUCUAUAUACGCUGCAGUUGUCCAAGCUGGCGUGAGAGCGAUAGUUGCCAAAGGAUGGAGCGAUCGUGCUGAGGCGAAAUCCACAAAGGAAGAUAUCCCAUCACCACCAGAGGUUUAUGUGUUACAAUCCGUUCCUCACGAUUGGCUGUUUCCCCAAGUGGAUGCCGUUUGUCAUCAUGGUGGUGCUGGAACGACUGGUAUAUCGCUUAGGUUUGGAAUUCCAACCAUCAUCCAUCCGUUCUUUGGAGACCAAACCUUUUGGGCUGAUCGGGUUGCGAGACUUGGAGCCGGGUUGAAAAUCGAUUCUUUGUCUGUCAACACGCUGUGCGAGGCUUUCAACAAGGUAACGUCGGACAGAAUCAUCAAGGAAAAGGCUGAACAAGUCAAGGAGCAAAUUCAAGCGGAAGAUGGACCAAGUCGAGCCGUGCAAUUCAUUUAUCAGCAUUUGGAUUUCGCACUCGAAAGAACUCUACAUCGUAUCGAAAGAACUCUGCCUAAAAAGGUCAGGCGAUCCAAAUCAGCUGGCAGUCCGAAGCGGGAGGCGAAUGGUGCCAUCGGCGGCGAUGACGAGACUCAGAUAAGAUCGUCGCGCCGACAAAGUAUGAUCAUACGAACGUUUAACAGAAGGGGUCGAUCGACCAACAGGACAGGAACGUUGAGCGGCUCAGAAGCUGAGAAACAGGAGUCCAAUCUGGGCACAAACUCACCAAUCUUGGUAGGCCAAUCCACCGGGAUUUUGGGUCAGACAUUCACCCCUGAACCCGGCUUGAUUGCGCCCUCGAACCAGCCGAAUCGUUCCGUCAGGAACAGACUCUCUAGAUUAUAUUCUUGA